GCUCUUUCUUCUCCCAUUCCUCCCCUUCUCUGUAUCAGUGUCGAUGCUUCCCGCCAAUCGCCACUUUCAUUGAAACCCUAGUUUCUUGAUCGCAUUGUUUCUUCGUUUUCAGGAAAAAUUGCUGUUUUCGAGGGUUUGGAUAUAUGUCCAACCAUCAACCAAGGGCUGAAAUUCGCGACGCUCCUCAGUACAGGAAGGCCGCCAGAGGCAGUGGCUCAAAUCCUCAUCGCGGUGGUAGAGGAGGCGGAGGGGGCGGCAACUACGGCCCACCUCCUAAUCCCUCCCUGUCGUCCAAUAGAAGCUUCAAUAGGAAGAAUAGUAAUGCACAAGGAGGACAUCCGCGGGCUGGCGGCCUGAAUGUCACUUCGGAGGGCAAUGCUCCAUCAGCUGCUCGAUCAGUGCAGAAUGGCGCUCACCAGCAGCAUUCAUUGGGUGGUGUGUCAGGUGCAUCUGUUCCUCCUGCUAGUGCUCCUUCAUCAAUUGCUCCUUCUAGGCCUGCUGAUGAAGCACCUCAAAAAAUGAUGCAAUCCGUGCCAUCAUCUUCUUCGUCUAAUGUUUCUGACUCAAAUGGACCAUCAACUCCUGUUAAAGCUCCCGGAGAUGUAUCAAGGUCUACCUUCCCUCUCCAGUUUGGCUCAAUAAGUCCUGGUUUAAUGAAUGGGAUGCAGGUACCUGCCCGAACAAGCUCAGCCCCACCAAACUUGGAUGAGCAGAAAUUUGACCAGGUUCGCCAUGAGCCGUCAAGAGCUGUAGCUGCACUGCCAACUCCGUCAUUGGUUCCCAAGCAGCCAUUGCCAAGAAAAAACACUGUAACAACAGUUGAACAAGUUAGCAGUGGCGAAGCUCAUCAAGUUGUGGCCCAGCCAAAGAGGGAUGCACCAGUUUCAGCUCCGUCCCCUGUGUCCCAAGGUCAAAAGCAUUCUGCUCAUCCAAUGCCUGGGAUUCACUUGCAAAUGCCUUUUCACCCGCGACCUUCUCCCCCUGUUCAAUUUGGUCCUCAAAUUCAAUCUCAGGCCGUGUCAGCAUCAUCUUUGCCUAUUCAAGUUCAAGUGCCCCUACUUGGAAAUCCUCCUUUGCAGCAGACAGUCUUUGUUCCUGGUUUUCCACCCCACCCAAUGUCAUCCCAAGGGAUCAUGCAUCAAGGACAAGGAUUAAAUUUUCCAUCUGGAAUGAGUCCACAGAUGCCUCCACAGUUAGGGAACAUGGGAAUGAAUAUGUCUUCACAAUUUUCUCAACAGCAAGCUGGGAAAUUUGGAGGAUCACGCAUCCCUGUAAAGAUCACUCAUCCUGAAACACAUGAAGAAUUGAGACUUGAUGGAUCAUCCGGUGCAAGGCCUCAUAUUAGUAUACCAUUUCAGUCACAGCCCUUAUCCUCAUUUCCACCUACUCAUCCUAGUUCAUACAGCAGCAUGGUCUUUUUCCAACAUCCAAAUUCUGUUCUGCCUAAUAACACACAGAGUUCUCAGCCCCCAAGAUUACUUAAUCAGGUGACAGUAAAACCUGCUUCUGGUGUACAUGUAGAAAAAGACCAGUUAGCCUCUGUAAGCUCACCCACUGGAAAGGAUUCACAGAAAAACUCAAAGCUCCUUGGAGUAGGUUCUGGUCUCCAACACAGAGAUUCUCAGACUUCAUCUCAUAGUUAUGUGCCUCUGUCAAAACCUGGUGAUGGGUCAUCAAUUCCUGCAGUUGGUAAGCAAUCCACCAUGGUUAUAGGUUCACCUCUGGACACACCAUCAACUUCAUCUUCAACACAUACAGUAUUGGUUGAGAGUUCUAUAUCAGUGCCAAUUGUCACUGCUGAAGAUGCAUAUGUCCCUAACCCUGAAGUUUGGAAGAAAAAAAUUGAUCAUACAGCCCCUCAAUCAUUGCAGGAUAAGAACGCAAAAAAAUCUUCAAACCUUUCAGUUUUGCCUUGUCAGUCACCAGUAACCAGAGAGGUUGAAGUGCCUGCUUCUUUGGGGACUAACACCAACAUUGACACCUCUAAGGAGCCAUCAUCCAUAUAUCCUACUUCAUUAGAUACAGUUAAUGCUAAAAGCAAGGAGAGGCAAGCACAGUAUUCUUCAGAUCCAUUGAGUCUUGAUGGUGAUCCUCAGGUGCCUGAAAACUUGAGUAAAAAUGAGAAUGAAAUGAAGAUGCAAGUAUCUCUAAAUCAAGACAGCAACACUUGUGAAGCCUCUUCAAAGUCACAAUCCUUGGAGUGUUCAGAACAUGUCAAUCAGACUAAAGAGGGCUCCCCAGUGCGAGUUACUAGCUCGAGUAAUUAUGACACUUCAACUGAAACUACUCAUAAAAAAGUUGAUAAUUCUGCUAUAGGUUCACUUGAAGGUCAAACCAAGAACAAUUUUUUAUCUUCAUCCAUUUCGAUGUCUAAUGAUGUGAAACCUGAUGAUAAAACAUUACUGAUAGGUCUAUCUGCUGGAGAUGGUCUUGUUGCCUGUAAAGAAGUUGCUGCUACAACAUCUUCACAUGAGAAUCAGGGGUCUGAUUCUAGGUCUUGUCAGUCUCAUUACAUGAUUGCCUCUAAUGGCGAAGAUGUGCAUGCUGAAAAUAAUAAAACUGGUUCACUUGCAAAGGAAAAAUUACUGAUGGAGCAGCAUGUGCAAAAAAAUACUACUAAAGUAAAGAAGAAGAAAAAAGAAUUAUAUAAAAAGGCAGAUGCAGCUGGUGCAACUUCUGAUCUGUAUAUGGCAUACAAGGGUCCAGAAGAAAAGAAAGAGAGUGCCACUUCUGUAGGAAGUAUGGAUAGCACCACUAAUGAUAGUUCAAAUCCAGUUACCCCUCAAGUUGUGCACGACACACCGAGCAAGAAAGUAGAGCCAGAUGAUUGGGAAGAUGCUGCCGAUGUCUCCAGUCCAAAUCUGGGAACUGUGGGAAUUGGAAAGCAAGUUGUUGGUGGAUUCAAGCGUGAUAGUGAAGAUGGUGAUGUGACUGGAUUCAAGAAGUAUUCAAGAGAUUUCCUACUGAAAUUUGCUGAUCAAUGUACUGAUUUUCCAGAGGGGUUUGAAAUUACCUCUGACAUUGCAGAGGCAGUGAUGGUUGUUAAUGCCAACUUUUCACGUGAUUCUUACCCAAGUCCUGUUAGGGUUAUUGACCGACCAUCUAGCUUGUCUAGACCAGAACGUCGUGGGAAUGGCAUGACAGAAGAAGACAAACGGAAUAAGCCACGUGGAUCUGUAAUGCCCGGAAGGGAUAUGCGGCCUGAUUUGAGUUUUGGAGUCAGUCACAUGGGAUACCAACCUGCCCAAGUAAGUAACUCUGGUGUAUUGAGGAAUCCUCGUGCACCGUCACCAAUUCACUUUGCCGGAGGUAUCCUUACUGGGCCUAUGCAGUCCAUGUCUAUUCCGGGAGGGGUGCAAAGAGGCGGCAUUGAUGCUGAUAGGUGGCUACGCGGAAGUGGUUUCCAAAAGGGUAUAAUGCCUUCUCCUCAGGCUCCUUCACAAUUGAUGCACAAAGCGGAGAAGAGGUAUGAAGUUGGCAAGGUUACAGAUGAGGAGGAAGCAAAGCAGAGACAACUAAAAGGAAUUCUGAACAAGCUUACUCCUCAAAAUUUUGAAAAAUUAUUCCAACAAGUUAAAGAUGUAAACAUUGAUAAUGUAACAACACUCACUGGCGUUAUUUCACAAAUUUUUGAUAAAGCGCUGAUGGAACCAACUUUUUGUGAGAUGUAUGCCAACUUUUGUCAACACCUUGCAUCAGAACUACCUGAUUUGAUUGUAGACACUGAGAAGGUCAGUUUUAAGAGGCUGCUUCUGAACAAGUGCCAAGAGGAAUUUGAGAGGGGUGAACGUGAGGAGCAGGAAGCUAAUACAACUGAUGGGGAUGGUGAAACUAAACUUUCAGAUGAAGAGAGAGAGGAUAAAAGACUAAAAGCAAGAAGGCGGAUGUUGGGUAACAUCCGGCUGAUUGGGGAGUUGUACAAAAAGAAAAUGUUGACAGAGAGGAUAAUGCACUCAUGCAUCAAUAAACUGCUAAGUGAGUAUCAGAAUCCUGAACCUGAUGAAGAAAACAUUGAAGCUUUGUGUAAGCUGAUGAGCACAAUAGGGGAGAUGAUAGAUCAUCCGAAAGCCAAGGAGUAUAUUGAUUGUUAUUUUGAUGUGAUGGCAAACAUGUCAAACAACAUGAAGCUCUCAUCCAGAGUAAGAUUUAUGCUGAAGGAUGCAAUCGAUCUGAGGAAGAAUAAAUGGCAGCAGCGGAGAAAAGUUGAAGGUCCUAAAAAGAUUGAGGAAGUACAUAGGGAUGCAGCUCAAGAAAGGCACGCACAAUCUAGUCGUUUGUCUCGAGCUCCUAGCAUGGGCUCUUCUGUUAAAAGGGGUCAACCCGUGGACUUUGCAUCCAGAGGAGGUUCAAGUAUGUUUCCUUCUCAAAGCUUGGCCCAUGGUGGCAGUUUUCGACCCGUGUCUUCACAGAUGCGGGGUUUUGGUGGUCAGGAUGUUCGUAUGGAGGAAAGGCAUCAUUCUUUUGAUAACAGGACCUUUUCGGUUCCUCUUCCACAUAGAUCUGUUGGUGAUGAGAUCACGCUCGGACCACAAGGUGGUCUUGGAAGAGGAAUGUCUUUCAGGGGACAUGGAGGCACACCAAAUAUCUCUUCUACAACAGACAAUGCUCCGAAUCCAGGUGAUGCCCGAAGAAUUUCGUCUGGUCUAAAUGGAUAUGGUCAUGUGCCAGAUCGGACAAGUUAUGGCCAGAGGGAGGAUGUGGUCCCAAGAUACGUGCCAGAGAGGUUAUCUAGUCAAUAUGAUCAUCCUGGUACACAAGAGCGAAAUGCUCCUUGCGGGGGUAGUCGGGAUCACAGUUUUGAUUCAGUUACAACUCCCACAUCACCUCCUUUACGUGGGGGAGGGACUGGCUUUGCACAAAAUGUUCCUUUGGAUCGGACAUUGCCAGAAGAGCACCUAAGAGACAAGUCUAUGAAUGCUAUUAAAGAAUUCUACAGUGCUAGGGAUGAGAAUGAAGUUGCCUUGUGUGUGAAAGAACUCGAUUCUCCAAGCUUCUAUCCGUCGAUGAUUUCUAUAUGGAUUACGGAUUCUUUUGAGAGGAAGGAAAACGAGAGGGACCUUUUUGGGAAUCUCAUUGUUGAUUUGAUUAAAUCUCAAGAUGUUAUACUAAGUCAAGAUCAACUCGUUCAGGGGUUCGAAUCUGUUCUUAGUACCUUGGAGGACGCCGUUAAUGAUGCCCCUAAAGCUGCAGAGUUUCUUGGGCGUCUCUUUGCCAAAGUGAUUUUGGAAAAUGUGAUUCCUUUAAAAGAAAUUGGGAAUUUGAUAUAUGUGGGAGGGGAAGAGGAAGGCCGGCUUCGAGAGAUAGGGCUGGCUGCUGAAGUGCUUGGAAGUGCUUUGGAGGCGAUCAAAACUGAGAAAGGUGAUUCUGUAUUGAAUGAGAUGUGCAGAAGCUCCAAUCUGCAGCUACAGAGCUUCCGGCCUCCCGGAUCUAACAAGCAUUGGAAACUAGACAAGUUCCUCCUUUAGGGCAGGUAGAUUCUUCUUGUAUUUUGGUAGAAAUUUUAAAAUUCCUGCCUAGCUGUUUAGGGUAACCCCUUCUCAUCUUUUCACAGAUAUAUAUAUAUAAUUUUGAAACGGGAAUUUUAAGCAGGGGCUCGUCCUUCUGGAUGCUUUUUAAAACAUUACUAGCAUUAUUAUUUGUUUGGGUUAAAAAGCAGUGGUUGCGAGUUAAAUUUGGCUUGCUACCAUUGCUUUUUGUUGCUUUUCAAAAAAUGGCAUUCCUCGUUCCAUUAUUCUCCUUGAGGGUAGCCUACCCUACUAAGGGUAUCGUUGUGUUGAACAAAACGGUUUAAAGGGG